GGCCGGUACCGGGGCCGGGCCGGGCCGGGACCGAUCGCGGCGCGAUGCAGAAAUACGAGAAGCUGGAGAAGAUCGGCGAAGGCACCUACGGGACCGUGUUCAAGGCCAAGAACCGGGAGACGCACGAGAUCGUGGCGCUGAAGCGGGUGCGGCUGGACGACGAUGAUGAGGGGGUGCCCAGCUCGGCGCUGCGGGAGAUCUGCCUGCUCAAGGAGCUCAAGCACAAGAACAUUGUCAGGCUCCACGACGUGCUGCACAGCGACAAGAAGCUGACCCUGGUCUUUGAGUUUUGUGACCAGGUAGAACGGGGGGACCGGGGGCGCGACCUGAAACCGCAGAACCUGCUCAUCAACCGGAACGGGGAGCUCAAGCUGGCGGAUUUCGGGCUGGCUCGGGCCUUCGGCAUCCCCGUGCGCUGCUACUCGGCCGAGGUGGUCACCCUGUGGUACCGGCCCCCCGACGUUCUCUUCGGGGCCAAGCUCUACUCCACCUCCAUUGACAUGUGGUCAGCUGGGUGCAUCUUUGCGGAGCUGGCCAACGCGGGGCGGCCCCUCUUCCCGGGCAACGACGUGGACGACCAGCUGAAGAGGAUCUUCCGGCUGCUGGGGACCCCCACCGAGGAGCAGUGGCCGGCCAUGGCCAAGCUGCCGGACUACAAGCCCUACCCCAUGUACCCAGCUACCACUUCCUUGGUCAACGUGGUGCCCAAGCUGAACGCGACUGGCCGGGACCUGCUGCAGAACCUGCUCAAGUGCAAUCCGGUGCAGCGGAUCUCAGCGGAGGAGGCCCUGCAGCACCCCUACUUCACCGACUUCUGCCCCCCCUAGGGCCCCCAGACCCCCUGAGGGGGGCAGCCCCCCGCCCCCCCAGCCGGGUGCCAGCCCAUGCCAGCCCCCUGACUGCAGCCCCCCAGUAUUUAUUAGGUUCUGCCCCGGCGGCAGGGGGCUGGCACAACCCCCCGGGGGGGAUGAGAGGGCUGGGACUCCCCCCAGGGACACAGGACUCACCCGGGGGCAGGGGGCUUCCCGAGGGCAUGGGAACCCCCAGACAUGGGGCCACAGGGCUGGUGGAGGGGCAGGACCCUCCGGGACCAGGUACAGGGACCCCAGGGGGGAUUGAACCCCCCAAUCUCCUCUCCCUACUUCCCCUGAGCCCCCUGUGCUGGGGGUCCCGGUGUGCCCUGAGCCCCCUGUGCUGGGGGUCCCGGUGUUCGUGGGUGAUGUGCGUUCGGUAUCCCAUAAAGAGCUUCCCCCCC